CGCUGGGAUUGUGAAUCCAAUGACAAACUGUGUUCCGAAUCGACAAGACAUGUUAGGCAGCAAUGCACUACUCGCAUUGCAGAUGUGUGAAGCGGGACUCCGAGAGGUAACGGAAUCGGAGUGGAACCAGUAUCCACUUCCUGACUGGUUUAGUAUAAAGAGCGUCUCAUCCCAACCUUUUGACUCGAGAAUAACAAUCGGAAAACGAAGAUAUGGGUUCACAAUAUGUCGUCCUCCGAGGCCUCCCGUCACCUCAAGUCUACCACGACCUCCGGAAGCUCGCAAACCUCACGCCACCGCCGGCGGAAGCGAUGGCAGAAGCGGUGCCAAAAUCAUUGCAAAACUCAUUCGCGUGCUUCGUUGCCUACGAACGACAGCACAUGGUGGACGAAAAGACACCUGGACCAGACCAGAGCGCCGUCGCAAUGGGACGUCUGCUGGGCGACGGCGCGCUCUUUCUCCAGCUAGUCGACGUCGCCGUGCAUCCGGACCACCAAAGCAAGGGGCUGGGGAAACGCAUAAUGGAGUCGCUGGUGGGCUUCGCUGACGAACAUGCGCCACAUGCCUAUGUGAGCCUCGUAGCGGAUCCCCUAGGCCAGCGGCUCUAUCCAAAAUACGGCUUCGAGGACGUGAAGCCGGGGGUGGGCAUGUUCCGCUGCCUGCGUAUCCAGGGCGAUGCCGAGUUCAAGAGGGCCAGAGAGGAAAAGCAGGCUGCAGCGAUGCGGGGCCCUGGGUGUUCAGCAUGAGGCCCAGUGCUCUCCGAUUGUGCCGAUCAAUUUGGCAGGGCUGUCAGGAUGGGAUGGGUGGAUCCCAAACGGGUGGAGAGAUGCCCCCGCACGGCGUCCGUGCCCGUG